GAUCUUGGGCUGAGCUAGGCGGCUAACUGCUAGCUCUGAGAGACGCCAUUAGUUGGGUGAAAACCAGGAUUUCGCACCAGGUUAAAACGGGAACUUGGUCCCGUUUAGACCAGAUUUCCUCACAGUCGCGUCUCCGCGCUCUUAAGAACCGGGUCCCCGUGCGCUGUCGAGGUGAUUUUAGCUCAUUUUUUAAAAAAUAAAAAAAUAAAAAAAAGCCGAUGUGAGCUGCGCAGGACCUGAGUUCCGAGCUCGAUACGAAGACCUCCAGCCAUGGCGGCCGGAAGCAGCGGAAAAACCUACUCCUUCAAGGUGGUGCUACUGGGGGAAGGCUGCGUGGGGAAGACGUCCCUGGUGCUGCGAUACUGCGAGAACAAAUUCAACGACAAACACAUCACAACUCUUCAGGCGUCCUUCCUCACAAAGAAGCUCAACAUCACAGGGAAGAGAGUGAACUUGGCCAUAUGGGACACAGCAGGACAGGAGCGUUUUCAUGCGUUAGGUCCCAUCUACUACAGAGACUCCAAUGGAGCCAUUCUAGUGUACGACAUUACAGACGAAGACUCCUUCCAGAAGGUGAAGAACUGGGUGAAGGAGUUGAGGAAAAUGUUGGGGAACGAGAUUUGUUUAUGUAUAGUAGGUAAUAAAAUAGAUUUGGACAAAGACAGACACGUUUCAGUGGAGGAGGCCGAGAGUUACGCGGAGUCGGUGGGAGCCAGACACUACCACACAUCAGCCAAGUUAAAUAAAGGCAUCGAGGAGCUUUUCCUGGACCUCUGUAAAAGGAUGAUGGAGACGGCUCAGGUGGAGGAGAGGCUGAAGGGUAACGGGGCCAGCCAAUCAGCAUCGAGUAGGCGGGGCGUACAGAUCGUGGAUGACGAACCGCAGGCUACGCCGGCCGGAGGAUGCUGCUCCUCCGGAUAACAACAACAACGACAACAACAACAACAACAACGACAACAACGACAACGCCUUCAGUGCGUCGCUCACGCUCGCAAACACAACAUCCACCAACACAAACACACACACAUCUAUCAGCUGCUGUGUUCGUCCAGCGCCGCCUCUGCUGCUAAGGAUCAUGGGAAAUCAUAUUUAAAUUUGUUGAAUCCCUCGAAAAUAAAAACAACUGAAGUCCCCGAGUGUGAAUUUCAGUGAUUAACUUAAAAAUGAAAGAUUCACUCUGAAGACACAAAAUGGCGGCUCGGGCUUCAGCAGAGGUUUAGUUUGGGUUUAUGGGGGAAACGCACACACACACACACAUUAAUCUCCGUCGAACCCAGAGGAGCAGACUGACGCUGCAGCGACGCCACCUGCUGGACACAAGUCAAACUGCAGAGUUCAGGUUUUUAAAAGUUUUAUUUUAAUACAAAAAACUAGUAAAAUAAAUUAAAAUAAAAUAAAAGGAUGAACAGGAAAGAGUUUAUUAUUCUGUCGUGUGUGCAGGGAGUCAGGAAGGUUUAGGACUCUACUGAGCAUGCUCUGUGGACGCCUGAAGAUGCACGGACGCCAUCUUGGCUCGCAGGGCGGUAGUGAGUAUUUAUUAAUAGAAAUUAGGAAAUAAUAAAAAAAAAUCUGAUCUCAAAGACGUCCAGCAGAACAUCAGUCAGAGCUACACAAAGUAAUAAAAAAAUUAAAACACUUUAAAUUAAAAUCUAAAUUAAAUUGUUCCAAAAAAAAAAGAAGUUUAUAUUAAUGGCGAAAUAGGAGAAGCAACAGCAAAAAAAAAAUAAAAAUAGUUAAAAUUUGCAGAUAAAUAAAAAUUAGAU